CAUUUAAGAUGUUAUUUUUGAUGAACAUUUUUCGUAAAUUUUCUGGACAAAUUGAACAUGCACAAGGUUCACAACGUUUUCAUGUUUUAUUGGUAUAUUUUUCCAUUCUAUUGGAUAAUUUAUUAUUGACUGUUGUUGUUCCAGUUAUUCCAGAUUUUCUUGUCGGAAUUCAUGAGCAGCAGCUACAACAUUCUGAAUGGAAUGAAAAUGAUUUCAAUAAAGCUAUCAAUCAUUCGAAUCAUUCAUUUAACCAUUAUAUUAUUGAUCAUCAUUUUGGUAUAAAUGGACGUUCGAUGGCCAUUCUUAAUCAUUAUGAUCCAAAAACAUUUAAUACCGAAAAUGGUCAAAUAGGAACGAUAUUAUCAUCAAAAGCAUUUGUACAACUUGUAUUCAAUCCAUUAGUAUCACCAAUUAUAAAUCAACUUGGCUAUGAAUUGACAUUGAUACUGGGAGUGGCAGUUUUAUUCAAUUCUUGUUUGUUAUAUCUGAUUGGCCAAUCAUUUAUAAUGUUAUUGAUACCACGUGCAAUGCAAGGUAUCGCUUCAUCAAUGAUUAAUAUAUCGGGCAUGUCAAUGGUGGCCAAUAUGAUACGUGAUGAAGAAUCACGUAUUGGACAGAUUGGUUUCUGUCUUAGUGGUAUGGCUACUGGUGUUCUAAUUGGCUAUCCAUUCGGAAGUUUUUUCUAUCAAUGGUUUGGUAAAACAACGCUUUUCGGUAUCAUAGUAGUGUCCAUUUUAUUAUUACUGAUCGCUCAAUUGAUCACGAUAAAUUGGUCACCGACAAACGCUCCCACACAUUAUGAUUCAAAAACAAUCGACAUAAUUACAAAUUCUCGUGUCAUAUUGUUUAUCGUUAUCAUAUCAAUAUCAACAGUAACCAUGUCAUUGUUAGAAUCAUUUCUUCCGAUAUGGUUAAUCAAAGAGAUACGACCACCUAAAUGGAAAUUAGGAGUUGUAUUCAUACCGGAUAGUGUUGGAUAUCUGAUUGGUACAAAUUUAUUUACUUUGUUUGAAAUAUCAAUUGAAUACAGAUGGUUAUUAGUUAUCGUUGCCUUGUGGACCAUAGGAAUCAGCGCAUUUAUGGUUCCAUUGAUUCCUAAUCUAUUAUAUUUAGCAUUACCACAUUUUGGUAUUGGUCUUGGUAUCGGCACUAUCGAUUCAACAUUAUGGCCAAUGUUAGCCGAAUUAGUUGAUGAACAAUUUGCCGCACAAUAUGGUUAUGUUUAUACCGCAUCACAAACAGCAUCUUCCGCUGCCUAUGCUUUUGGUCCAUUGUUUGGUGGUGCACUAAUUAAUCGUAAAAUAAUCCAUUUCGAAUCUUUAAUGCAUUUAAUUGGUAUUGCCAAUUUCGUUCUUGGAUUAUUAGCAUUGGCACGAAGUCAUUCAUAUGGACAUUUUGGUAAGAAAAAAAUUCAACGAUCAUUAUCGAUGAUCAAUAAUGAUGAUAAUGAUGACGAUAGUCGACAACAGAUGAUAGCACUACAGCAACGAUUUCCAUUAUCACAAAAUUAUCAACGAUUCGAUUGAUCACCACAAGAUGUCAUUAAUCAACCGGUUUCAAUUUUUUUUGCGUUUUGUAUACAUUUUGAAAAUUUCGUUAGAAUGAAAACAUUUAUGAAC